AUGGUGGAUAUUCCUGAUGACGACGAGAUGAUGAACGAGGAGGACGACGAAGACGACGAACAGCCUCAAACGCAACAGCAGCAGCCGCCUGUAUCCAUUGGCAAGACGCUCCGCAUGGAUCCUGAGGAGGAGGAUGACGAAGACGACGAGGAAGAUGAAGAAGAAGAAGAAGAAGAAGGUGGAAUGCACGAUAGCUUUAUUCAAAUGGGCGAAUCCAAAGAUACCGAAAUGGAAAGCAAUAGUAAUAUCAAACAGGAAGAACAGGCUGCUGCAGAAGCUGCCGAUACAAGCAUCAAGGAGGAGGAGGAAGAAACCAAAGAGGACGAAGAUCAUCCAUCGUUGGGUGGAGAUAUUGAGACGAAAGCUUUUGGUUUGCUCGAUGGGGUAUAUGAGAAGGACGGAGUUCGAAAGAGAGUUACCAUUCCGCUGACAAGGCUACCUGCCGUACUGGGGAGAUCCCAUACCACCGGAGAUAUCAACUUUUUCUCCUUGGGACCCGCCAAGGCAUUGUCAAGACAACACUGUGUCAUUGAUUACCGUGAUGCCGUGGGUGGAAAAUUAAUCACACCAAAGACGGCUCCCAGAGAAUCGCACGACGAAGGCAAAUUGGUCUACGAUACUGCCACGGCGAAACCAUUCACGGCCGUCAAUCAGCAGGGCGAUUCCCAGGAAGACGACAACGAUAAUAAUAAGGAGAAGACGACAUCAUUUCCAUCGCGGGGAGCAUUUGUCUUGGAAGCCUUGGGAAAGAAUCUAAUCAUGGUGGGAAGUCAUCGAAUUCGACAAGGCGAAGUGGCUAUUCUAACCUCCGGAACACCCAUCCGAAUGAAUGCCUAUUCCCUAUAUUUCCUCUUGCCAACCGACACACAGGAUCCACCCAAAACCAUUGAUAUCCCACUCGAAACACCAGCAGCAGUACCACCUGCACCAGACGACAAUAAAUCAGCCUCCCCGGCAAAGACCAAAUCGGCCAGUAGUAGCAGCGCGACCAAUAACAAACGAAAAAUGCCAUCCUCCGCGUCGUCACCCUCGUCCGACUUUCCCAAACCAAAAAUCAAAGCCAAAAAACCAAAGGCGGCACCCUUUGCGCAGUUGCAAGCCGAAUUGGAUGCUCUACCAAUUGAAACCUUGUUGGAACGCAUGAACGAAGCCGUCGAAUCGGAACGAUGGGAACGAAAACAUCAACUGAUCGGGUCCACCAUCUCCUUGCAUGCCGUCAAGGAUGCCACGUCGGCGUCGGAAAUACGAGAACAAGCGGCCGAUGGAGGAGUGCCGCGGACCGAAAUCAUGAGAUGGAUCAAGGAAUCCCCCAAGUAUGCCGCGUGGGUCAAACAAAUGAUGAGCAAAAUGGAGGCCAAGUCGUAUCAAAAUACGAUUACCAAAGCGCUGCUCAAAGCGGGCAAUGUGCGAACGGGAAGUGGAGGUCGAUAUAUUAAAUGGAUCUUGCCAGGAGUUACCCUCAUCAACAAGGAGGAAGGUGCCUCCGACAAACCGCCUGGUGAGACAAAGGAAGCGCCGAAAGAUGGCGAAGAAGAGGAAGAAAUGGAUGAAGAAGACGGCAAUGAUGAUGACGAGGAGGAAGACGAUGAAGCAGGAGACAACAACAACAAGGGCGACGAAGAAAUGGCUGGUGGCGAGGAGCAGGAGAAUGACGCAGCUCCGGAAGAGGCUGCAGCCAACAACAACCAGAACGGUGACAAUGCGGAGGACGAAAAUGACGGGAUGGCCGAGGAACACACCGAACACGGAGAUGAAAGUGCCGAAGAGGAGGGAGACGACGACGAUGCGCAACAGUACGCGAACGCAGAGGGAAGCGAUGGUAACCUGGAAGCUGGUCAUGAAUGA